AUGGCGGGAUACAGGAAAGCACACGACCGGCUCCCCGAGGAGCAGCGACUGCUAGGUGAGCUCGAGGGACAGCAACGUCCCAAGUCCUCGAGAUGGUCCCGAAAGUGGCUGGUCACUGCCAUCGCUGCCCUGUUAGGUACUCUAGCUCUCGCCCUGUACUUCACCGUUGGGUAUGAAUCCUCUGGUUCGAGUCCUAUGGUGAAAACCGCGUUUCCUGACGUUCUGGUGAAUUCUUCUUCCAGCGUCGACAAGGUGACUCGUCACCGCUGGGCGCAGUCCUGUGACAGAGUGACCGACGGCUACCAGUGCUUUACCAAUGUUUCUCACCGGUGGGGCCAGUAUUCCCCGUUUUUCACCGUGGCCGAGGAUAGCGCUUCUUCCGCGGUCCCGGACAAAUGCGAAAUCACUUUCGUCCAAGUGUUGUCCCGCCAUGGGGCGCGGUUUCCGACGGCCUCGAAGACCAAGAAAUAUGCAAAGUUAAUCAAGGCCAUCCAGGCUAAUGCCACGGCAUACCACGGGAAAGCCUCUUUUCUCCAGUCUUAUAAUUACACCAUGGGCAGUGAUAACCUAACUUCCUUUGGUAAGCGCCAGAUGGUUAACUCGGGCAUCAAGUUCUAUGAGCGAUACGCUGCCCUGGCCCGUGACCAUGUACCCUUUGUCCGUGCCUCGGGCUCGUCGCGUGUUAUCGAGUCUGGUGAGCUUUUCAAUGAAGGCUAUCAGCAGACUAAGAACAAAGAUGGACAAGCGAAAAUUGGCCAGUCAAGUCCGACCAUCAAUGUUGUCAUAUCCGAAGAAACUGGAUCCAACAAUACUCUCAACCACAAUACCUGUCCCGUCUUCGAAGCCAACCAAAAGGGCGAUAAAAUCGAAGACAAAUACAAAGCUCUCAUCGGUCCUGCUAUUGCCAGUCGCCUCGAGGAAGAUCUACCCGGGGUGACUCUCACAAACAAACAGGUCAUCUAUCUCAUGGACAUGUGCGCCUUCGACACCAUUUCAUCCACGGCAGACGGGAGCAUUCUAUCAAGCUUCUGUGAUCUCUUCACAGACAACGAAUGGAACCAGUACAAUUAUCUUCAAUCGCUGAGUAAAUACUACAGCUACGGGGCAGGAAAUCCUCUUGGUCCGACCCAAGGUGUGGGGUUCGUGAACGAGCUCAUUGCGAGAAUGACGCAUACUCCGGUGCUCGACGAUACAUCCACCAAUCAUACCCUUGAUGCACCGGGUGCCGCCACUUUUCCCUUCAACGCAUCGAUCUACGCGGACUUCACCCAUGACAAUGGCAUGAUUCCGAUAUUUUUUGCGAUGGGCUUGUAUAACGGCACAAACCCGCUCCCUCUCUCUCACGUGCAAUCUGCGGCCAGCUCCGACGGAUACUCUGCGGCGUGGACUGUGCCCCUUGGUGCGCGUGCUUAUAUCGAGAUGAUGAGGUGCAACAGUCAGAGAGAGCCCUUGGUUCGGGUGCUCGUCAAUGAUCGCGUUGUUUCCUUGCAUGGAUGUCCAGUCGAUUCGCUUGGUCGUUGUCGCCGGAAGGACUUUAUCAAUGCUUUGACCUUUGCACGGGACGGUGGGGACUGGUCGAGCUGCUAUACUUGA